AUUCCGGUCAGGAAAUUGCCGGGGAGUUGUUCUCAAGGUCCCAAAAUCCACACACAUCUCAGUCCUCCAUGUCACGCAGGGUAUUAGCUGUGGUGCUGCCGUCUUCAAAGGCAUUUCGGGCUGCUGCACGUCCCACCUUUACGGGCUCUCGUGCAUUUUCCACCAGGUCGCAGGUCCGUUCAUCUGGCCAGCAUGAUGUCGAGACAUUCGAGUCUUUCACCGAGCGCUAUACCAACUUUUUCCAAUCGGCUGAAGACCUCUUCGAGCUUCAGCGUGGGUUAAAUAAUUGCUUUGCUUAUGAUCUUGUCCCUGCGCCAAGCGUCAUCGAAGCUGCUCUCCGUGCGGCCAGGCGUGUGGAUGACUAUUCGACGGCCGUCAGGAUAUUCGAAGGAAUCAAAGAGAAGGUUGAGAACAAGAGCCAAUACGAGGCUUAUCUCAACGAACUCGGUGGUGUCAAGGAGGAGCUGGGCAUUGACACAAAAGAGGAGCUCUAUGGGUUGUAACGUGCGUCGGGAGGAUAGCUAGAAAAAAAUGUACUAUUCUCUGAAUUACCCAAUGGACAAUCUUUGGCAUACUUGUUCAUAUAAUACCUCACCAGUCUGCUGGCUCAUCGCUUAUCAAUGACUUGUUCCCCGUUCUGGGCUGUUCCGCCUUUUGCUGAGGCCUUUGUUGCAGAGGAUCGCUUCAGCCGCUUUGUUUCCAUUAGAAGCCCUGUCACUCCGGAGCUGGCGAUCAGUAACUUUGCAGAGAACCCGGUUGUAUUUUUCUUUGAAGAUCCUCAAGUCUUCGCGAAGCUACAGCGAAACUACCUUUACGCAUUAAAAUUUACAUAAGGUUUCCGAUUGCCAACCGCUCCCCCACACAAUUUUACUUAGGUUUAAAGUU